ACGUACCCAGGUAUAAAGAGUCUCACCAAAUCGUCUGACCAUGACAAUACGUUUCUGACCAAUUAUCGCUGGGUGUUCUGUAACAAGCGUAUUAUCUUUUACUUCCACGAGAAAAACAGGCCAAUUAAUUACGUAGGAUGACAUUAUUACGCUGACCUAGCUCUUGAGUAUAAAUAGCUGCAGCUCUAUCAUUUGCAUUUUAAACCAGACGAGACCCGGAGUUACAUGGAUUGGCAUGGAAUUCGAAAGUUGAUGCAAAUAUAAGGUGGCAAUCAUACGAAUUAAUGUAAAACAGCCUUCAUAGACUGUAGCAAUGGGUGUCAAGAAUGUGGACGACAAUUUAUUUGACGAGUCACCUCACAAAAAAUACAAGGAGUCGACAAUUAUCGAUGAAGGCAAAAUAACUGACUUCAAAAUCGAAGAAACCGAGGAAAAAAAGUCUCAAGAAGAAAUAGCAAGAAAGAUCUUUUACAUCAUACUCGAAGACUGGAUGUACAGCUUUGGAACUAAAUACGAUGAAAAUGACUACAGUUCACUGCUGGAUAUGCUCGUAAAGCUUGUUGCAGAACAAUUGCCUUUGAAGUUCUUUAUCCCGGCCUUUCCAUGCAAAAGUUGCAACACAGAAACAAAGGUUCUGGGGAGACUUCCAGAUUUUGCUGAAGUAUUAGCCAUCACUGCUUUAGUCAAAACUCUACGGAAACUGGAGACUGUCUACGCUAAAGGAGCAAAGUUGACCAUUCUGUCUGACUAUCACACUUUUGAUCAAUACAUCGGCGUCAAUGAAGAGACAUAUCGGGCUUACCACGAAGCGUUGAAACGGAUGGUGAACGAGGCUGGGGCCUCUGACAUCAUAGAGCUGAUAUCUCUAUCCAGUUUUCCUGAAUUUCUUAAUGUUCCUGGACCAGAGUUGUGCAAAAAAUUGAGGGAUGAAUUUGGAGGAAGCCUUGUGCUGGAAAACUUUGAAAAUGCACUGAAGCAGGACGAAGAGAUGCUAGAGAAAUACAAACAGCUAAAGAAAUUCAUGCAGUUUGAUCAAUCACAUCGCUUGCCUGGAUCACAGAGAGCCAACACGACAAGAAGUUUCAUCAGAGGGAUUGCAAGAGGUAUGAUAGCCCAAGGUAUAGCACUGGACAACUUUCUGAAAAAACAUAUCACCGAGAUGAAAUGUAUUCGCCUCAGUAUUCACCAACACCACCCUGCAACAGGCAAGUUUGCUAUUGACAUGUACAAAGAACAUAAAUGCAGCGGAGAAAUCCUUCGCACACCCUGGCACCAUGUUGUUGUUUUUGACACUUUAACAGGCGAAUAUUUAAUCGAUCACAAGCAAACCAUUGAAAAAAGAAAAGUGGACGGUUCAGUUCUUGUCACUGUCCUCUACCAGGGACAACCAUGGUUGCUUUUGAGAAUUUACCUUGACAAACAAGUAACAGCAACGUUAGGUGUAUUGCCGUUACUUGAAGUCUCUUUAAUCAGGGCACGCUGUGGCUUGGUCGUCCAGUGCCAGUCUGCUUCUCCAAAUGGGAUUCCAAGUUCAGUAAUCAAAGAAGAAACUUUGAAUUCACUUAUCAAAGAGUUCGGUUUGGUGGUUUUGAGAGGAUUUAAAAAUAUCGAGACAGAAGAAGAAUUAAUCGAAUUCUACAAAAAGAGAGCAAAAUUUGGCAUUAUCAAGUGGAAGUUUGGAUUCAUUCACAAGGUUACCCCGAACAAAGAAAUACCAGGCUACGUUAACAGCAAUGGCGGCCUUCCGAUUCACUUUGAUUUGAAUGCACCUCCAAAAUAUAUGCAAAUAUCACAAGAGGAGCAUGCUUAUGAGGAAUUCGUUUGCAGGGAGUUUUUGCUCUAUUGUAAAGAGAUUGGCAAUAAAGAUCAAGGAGCUACUGUAUUUGUUGAUGCUCGAGGAGCUGUUUUGUCUCUUACUGGCCAAAAAAUUACAGAAUGGAAGAAGACUACAAUAGCCUAUGAAACAGAUUUGAAUCUGAAAUCUGAAAAGAAUCAAAAAGAGUUCGGUCAUAAGAGAGGAAUGGAAUCAUACUUUGGUGGCAUUGGUAAUGUCUAUGUUUACCCACUUGUUCUAAAAUGUCCAUGGACUGGCAGCGAUGUCUUACGGUGGUGGCAAACAUGGACAAUGGAGAGGCAUCCCCAAAGUGAGCAGCACAAUUGGUCACAGAUAAGGUCGUCCCCAUCGGAAAUGGAACAAGAUAUCAAGGAACUUGAAAGGGAAAUCGAAAAGGUUGCCUUCGACGAGAGAUUUUUCUUUGAGCAUGCGUAUGAAGAAGGGGACCAGGCAUACGUAAACAACUAUACAAUGCUUCAUGGGAGAAAAGCGUUUGAAGAGUGCAGAGAGCUGUGGAGACUGCAGGCAGUUCCACAAAGUGACAAUAUGCCAAAAUACUUCAAGGAUAAUGGAUUCUAAUUGCUUUGUUUUUUGCUGUGAUUUAGCAAGCUCUGUUAUAACAAUUUUUAUUUAAAUUUUAACAGUUCAACCUAAAACUCCGAGCGAACACCGAGUAAACUCAAGAUUUAUAAACAUUUGCUGAUUAAUAACAGC